AUGGCCUUCCCUGCAUUCCGCACCACCUUCGCAUCCACCUCCAGGGUCACCCUCCACCACCUGCCCCCCCUCACCCACUUUGCCCGCUCCGGCUCCUCCUUAGCUCACCACGUCACAUCCCCUUCCCCCCAGUCCUACUCCCCCACCUCAUCCCCUGCCUACCAUGGCUCAGUCGGCCAGCAAGGCCAACUGCAACAUUCGGGUAUGAUGUCGGGCGGCAACGGCAAGGGCGGCGUCAAGGAGAUGCAUGUCGCUCCUACGCCCACUCCACCAGCGGCACCUGCCCCCAAGGUGCAGCCCAAGGCCAGCGAGAGGCCCCCCAGGAGAACAGGUAACCUGAGAGGCAAGAAGGCGCCGAUAACAAUGACCCCUGCUGCCAUCGAACACUUGAGGGCCCUCGUAUCAUCCCCCACAGAGCCCCGGUUGUUGCGCAUCGGUGUCAAGACUCGUGGAUGUGCCGGUAUGGCCUACCACCUCGACUAUGUGCCCCCUCCCGGAGGCAAGUUUGACGAGGUUGUCGAGCAGGAUGGCGUUAGGGUUUUGAUCGACAGCAAGGCGUUGUUCAGCAUUAUUGGGAGUAGGAUGGACUGGAGGGACACUCGGUUGAGCGCUGGAUUCGUCUUUGACAACCCCAACGUCGUUGACACGUGUGGAUGCGGAGAGUCUUUCAACAUCCGAUUCUAG